AUGGGCAGAUGUGCAGACCCGUCAACUCAACCCCGUUUGCGUCUACCUCUACUUCACCAACUCUGCAAGUUUGUGCCUAUUUCUUCCUGUCACUUCUGCCAGUUUGCGUCAAUCUCUGAUCCUCAAAAUCUGCCCGUUGUUGUCUGUCUUUCGUUCACAAACUCUGUUCAUAUUCGUCUCUCUGUCCAGCCAACUCUUUCUAUUUGUGUAUAUCUCUACCUGGCCAACUCUGCCCUACUGUGUCUAUCUGUCUCCUCCCGUUUGCCCACCUCUGUCAGCAUUUUUUUCAAUCUCGGCUACCAGUUAAGUUCAUUUGUGUCUAUCUCAACCGCGCCACCUUGCCUUUUUGCGUCGAUCUCUGCCCCUACACCUCUCCCUGUUUUCCGCCUUUCCUGUCCGCCAACAAUAUCUGUGUUUGUCAAUCUCUGCACCGAAAAGUUUGAGCUUAUCUCUUCCACACCACCUAUCUCUGAUCCGAAACGUUUAUUUACGUCUAUCUAUAUCCGCCAACAAUACCCAAUUCCGCCAAUCUCUGCCACGCUACAUUUAUCCGUUUACGUCUAUAUCUGCCCCAGCACUUCGCCAUCUGUGCCCGCGUGCGUCAAUAUCUACCCCAGAAACUCCGCCGGUUUGCAUCUUUCUCUGUCCCGCCAACUCUCUCCGUUUGCGUCUAUCUCUACCCAGCCCAAAAUGAUUCUCAGAAUGUUUGCGCCUGUUUCUGACCCCUACCUCUGCCCAUUUGCGUCCGUUGACAUCCGUUUCUGUCUAUCUCUUUCCGCGAAAUCUAUCCAACCGAGUCCGUUUCUGCUUCGUCAACAAAACCUGUUUUCGUCUAUAUCUGUCGUGCCAACGCUAUCAGCUUUCGUCUAUCCCUGUCCCACCGCCUCUGUCCACUUAUGUCUAACGCUGCCACGGCAUCAGUGUCUGUUUGCAUCUCUUGCAUCUAUUUAUGCUCCGCAACCUCUGCCAGAUUGCACCGCUAACUCUGCCUGUUUCCGCCAAUCUCUGCACCGCCAACUGUGGCGCUUAUCUCUGCCUUACAAGCGCUAUCCAUUUACCCCUAUAUUUGUUUCUCCAACAUCCCUAACCAGUCACAUCUACCCGUUUUCGUCUAUCACUUCCUUGUCAACAAUACCCGUUUGCGUCAAUCUCUUCCCUGUCAACUCUGUCCGUUUGCGUUUAUUUCUGCCGGUCCACAUCUUCCCAAUUUCCAUCUAUUACUUCCCGGCCACCUGUGUGCGUCUAUCAUGUCUCCACUCUCUUUACCGGUUUAUCUCUGCACCGCCACAUACGUCCGUUCGCGUUUAUCUCUUCACCGUUAACGCUACCAGCUUGCAUCUAUUUAUGCUCCACAACCUCUGCCAGAUUGCACCGCUAAAUCUGCCCUGCCAACAAUGCCACUUUUUGUCUGAAUCUCUCCUACCAUCUCAGCCUGUGUGCGUCUAUCAUUUCUCCACUAUCUUUACCGGUUUGCGCCCAUCUCCAUCCCACCAACCCUGUCCAUUUGCGUCUAUCUUUUCCACCACCUCUGUCCACAUGAGUAUCUUUCCCCCGCUCACAAUACACAUGGUGCCAACAUCAGUCCUACUACAUUUCCCUAUUUGCGCCUGUCUCUGCUUCACCAACACUGCCCGUUUGCACCUAACUCUUCCAAGACACAUUUGCGUCUAUUUCUGUCGGUUCGCUUCUGUCCGUUUCCGUCUAUCUCUUCCCUGUCACCUUUGUCUGUUUGUGUCUAACUCUGCCCCCAACUAUAUCUACCCCGCCAACAUUGCAUGUUUUCGUCUAUACCCGUUUGUCUAUCUCCACCCCGCUAACUCCAUUCACUAUUUGUGCCUCGACAAAGCUCCCAUCACUUCCCCGCCAACAGUGCUCGUUUGCGUCUAUCUCUACCGCGCCACCUCUGACCGUCUAUCUCUGACCCGCCACCUCUACCCAUGUGCGUUUAUAUCUGUCCAGCUAAUACUGUUCGUUUGCGUCUACCUCUGCCCAGCAAAAAUGCCCAUGGGCGUUUAUUUCUGCUCCUCCAUAUCAAUCAAUUGGCGCCUAUCUCUGCCCCACCAACUCUGCCCGUAUGCUUCAAUAUCUGCCCCGCCAACAAUUCCCGUCCUCGUCUAUCAAUAUACCAUCUGCACAUGUACGUCUAUCUCUGUCCGCCAACUCUACCCAUUUGCGCAAUCUCUGCCCCCGUUUGCCCUACCCGUUGCCCAUGCUCCUCCCCUUUUUGCUAGUUUAUAUCUGACGUUUGUGUCUGUCUGUGCCACGCCUGAUUCGGCCUAUCUUUGCUUCGCCAUCACUGACCUGCCAACAAAUCACUUUUGCGCCUUCUCUACUCCGCCAAAGGGGAUUUGCUCUAUCACUACCCUGCUCAUUUACAUUUAUCUCUCCCUAGCCAGAUCUGUCCGUUCGUGCCUAUCCCUGUUCCGCCACUUCUAUCUAUAUACAUCUAUCUCUGACCUGCCACCUUUGCGCCGUCUAUCUCUGCCUCGUUUAUGUCCAUCAAUGCUCUGCCACUUCUGUCACUUUCCGUCAGAGAUGCCUGUUUGCUUCUAUCUCUACCCCGUUCCUUCUGCCCGUUUGCGCUUAUCUUUGCUCCACCAACGAUCCCUGUUUUCGUCUAUUUCUGGCCCGCCACCAAUGGUCGUUUACGUUCAUAUUUACCUAGCCCGUUUGCGUUUAACUCACUGUGCCGCUACCUCUGCGCCUGAUUUGCCCCUGGAUUUGUCCCUAAGCAAUGCCCACGUGCCGUUUGCGUCUAUCUAUGCCGCGCCACGUCUACUUGACUUUACUGCCCCGCCAUCUCUGCCUGUUUGA